AUGGCGAAUACUUUGACCUGGUCAGCUCGGUUGACAGUGGCCCCUCCACAACGAGCUCCUCGUCUGCCUGGCGAUAAACUCACCCUACCGCAAUCCGCGCUAGAACAGCUAUUAGCGGCCGCCCCUCUCCAAGCUGUCGCUCCGAACUCACGCGUACAUACUACAUCCUUCGAUCCCUUCAACCCGCACACCUUUGCCGCCGAGGCUCGCGCCCGCCAACAGAUCGAGGAACGCCAGCAGCAGCUCCCUCAUCCCCUCACCUUCCGCGUCGUAAACCCUCAGAAUGGUCGCUCCGUUUAUGCGGGGAUCCGCGAGUUCUCCGCAUCAGAGAACGAAGUGGCGUUGAGCGCUCUUCUUCGGGAAUCGCUUGGUAUUCAAGACGACGACUUUACGUCGGAAGCAAACGGCGAGACACACGAUGCGGAGGUAGGUAAUAUUGACGGGCAGCCGGCGCGGUCUGGUCCUACGGUCACAGUACACGCGAAGCAGCUUCCGAAAGGCACAUACGUGCGCCUACGUCCCCUCGAAGCUGGAUACGAUCCCGAGGACUGGAAACCUUUACUAGAGCGACAUAUGCGGGAUAAUUUUACGACUCUGACAAUCGGCGAGCUCCUGACAGUUCCGGGCACUCGCAAUGAAUCCUUCCGAUUUCUACUCGACAAAGUUUAUCCCGAAGGCGAGGGCAUUUGCGUCGUGGACACGGAUUUGGAGGUCGACAUUGUGGCGCUAUCGGAGGAGCAAGCUCGGGAGACCUUGCAAAAACGGUUGGAGCGAGCUGCUCGUGCACCAGGAACUACAAGCGGCAGCUCCGUCGGUGGAGUUCUGGCUCUCGAAGAGGAGGUGGCAGCCCAGGUCUUACCCGGGGAGUACGUGGACUAUGAGCUUCGGGACUGGAAUCGGGAUGAAACACUCCAGGUCGAGCUCACGGCAGAUGAUCCUUCCAUAUGUGUAUUCGCGAGCCCGCUUGGCGCUCGCCAAAGAGGCCGACCUCGUGAGGAUAUGCAUGUCUGGGGAGACUUUUCAGAUCAACCAUCCAAGAGAGUGAAGAUUCGCCCAAAAAAUGUGGCUCUCGAGGGUGCUGAGUCUCUCUACAUCUCGGCCCAUGCCUUGACUGGCACUGAGUCGACGCCAUCACAACCCCUACCCGUAAAGUACCGUUUACGGAUAACUGCGAAUGACCCCGAAGAGGAACAGGACGAGUCGGAAGAGGCUCAUGAAUCUGGCGACGUGCAGUGCCAGAACUGCCGGCAAUGGGUACCUCAGCGAACACUAGUCCUCCAUGAGAACUUCUGUCUUCGCAAUAAUGUGUUCUGUCCUCGGUGUCACAACGUUUUUCAGAAAACUUCAUCUGAGUGGGAGAACCAUUGGCAUUGCCCCCACGACUCAUCCUAUGGCAAUAAUGUUUCUAGCAAACUCAGCCACGAUUCGAUAUUUCACAACAGCUACGGCUGCCCUGAUUGCGGUGCUCGAUUCGAGGGUCUUCCCUCCCUUGCGCAGCAUCGGACUACCGAGUGUCCAGGGAAGCUGAUUCUCUGUCAGUUCUGUCAUCUUCUCGUCCCACAGAAAGGCGACUCGGAUCCAGACUUUCUUGACCCCGAAGUCAUGCUCUCCGGUCUGACCCCGCAUGAAUUGGUAGACGGCGGCCGUACCACAGAGUGUCAUCUGUGUGGAAAGAUCAUCCGGCUGCGAGAUAUGAACACCCAUCUCCGCCAUCAUGACCUGGAGCGCGUUUCACGCCCGUCUCCCCGCAUAUGCUUGAACCGAAACUGUGGCCGCACACUCGGCAGCACGGGUAACGAGUCUCUCGGACUGUGCAACAUCUGUUUCGGGCCGUUAUACGUGGAUACAUAUGACCCCGAGGGCAAAGCACUCCGCCGCCGAAUCGAACGGCGAUAUCUUUCGCAAAUGAUGACCGGAUGUGGAAAGCCUUGGUGUCAGAACGAGUAUUGCAAAACGGGGAAACAGAAAACGCAAUCUGCCGCCGGUGCUCCAGCGAGCAUGAGUGUGGCCGAUAUCAUGAAAGUAACUCGGCCCCUCGCCGAAGCUAUCAACGUUCAACCCGAUGUACCGAACACGGCGCCUUUCUAUUUCUGCACCGAUGAGACGGGUCAGCACCGCCGCAAACUCGCUGAAAUGUUAUUUGCCGAAGGGUCUGCAGCUGGAGGCAAGGCGUAUGGCCUAGCAUGGUGUGUGGCUGGCGUUGAAGCUGCUGGAGGCGAUUUGGACAAGGCGAGAGAAUGGUUGGCCAAAUGGGCGCCGGCCCAGGGUGAGACGGCUCGAUGA